AUGGUCUUCAUUCUUCUCAGCGCUGCCACCAGAAACACUUGUGCCUUCAAACUUCAGGUGAGAAUCACAUUAUAAAUUAUGAGGCAGAAUUUAUGAGACAAUCUUCCUAGUCAAGUUCAUCCAAUGGAACUUAGGAGGCUAUAGGAAGUCAUGGGACUUCAUAGGAAGUCAGAUUAUUGAAACAUCUGGCUAGGGAACAUCUGCACUUGCUGGACGUGUCUCUUCAAGGUUUUAGGCAGGAGAUAUUCCCAGUCCAACUUGGACAUGCCAAGGUUCGGACCUGAGACCAUCUGCUUGCAAAGCAGAUCCUCUGCCAAUGGUCUUUUGGUGUUGGCCAGUUUUGUAUCAUAUAACUGAGCAAAGGCCCCCUUAACUAGGAUAGAGCAGUCUAUUUGUGAACCUCGUCACUUUUACAUGUGUUCACUCAUAAAUCCGUUCCAGCCUGUUUCCAUAUAUCAUCAGCAUCUUAUAUUGUUAGGUGUUUUUUUGUUUCUGUUUUAAUCUUUCAAAAUCUCUCUCUCUCUCUCUCUCUCUCUCUCUCUCUCUGUGUGUGUAUGUGUGUGUAUGGGAUUGUUUUAAAAAGAUAUAAACUGUAAUUAUUAUUAUUAUUAUUUUAAAAAAAUCCUUAGGAAAUUUCACAUCUCAGUAUUAUGUUUUGGAUGCAUUUUCUCUUAAAAUGUGCAUUUGUGGGGUUCUAAGGGACACGGGUGGCGCUGUGGGUUAAACCACAGAGCCUAGGACUUGCCGAUCAGAAGUCGGCGGUUUGAAUCCCUGUGACGGGGUGAGCUCCCGUUGUUCGGUCCCUGCUCCUGCCAACCUAGCAGUUUGAAAGCACGUCAAAGUGCAAGUAGAUAAAUAGGUACCGCUCUGGCAGGAAGGUAAAUGGUGUUUCCGUGCGCUGCUCUGAUUCGCCAGAAGUGGCUUAGUCAUGCUGGCCACAUGACCCAGAAGCUGUCUGCGGACAAACGCCAGCUCCCUUGGCCUAUAGAACGAGAUGAGCGCGCAACCCCUGAGUCACGACUGGACCUAAUGGUCAGGGGUCCCUUUUAUGCACACUUACCCCACUGAACUCAGUGGAACCUACCUGAGUAGAUAUGGAUAGAAUUGUGCUGUGAAAGUAUUUUACUUGACAGCAAACAUUUAUUCCUGUACAUCAUUUAAAAAUACACUUUGGAGUUCUUUUUUCGAGCCAAGAACUAUGAAAUUUCACAGAAAGCUUCGUUCCAAUCCACAUAUUAGUCUAGCGGUAUGACUCAGUGGCGCAUAGCUUCACAAUUAAUUGUUUUGAGUUGCGUCGGACUCCAUGAACUUGCAAGCUGAUGGAGCUACUCUUAGGCCAAGCAGGGAUGCCAACUUGAUUAAAAUAUUUUUUUUGGGGGGGGGAGGUAAUCCCCACCCUGCAUAAUUGACCACAAGACAAGGUACAUGCACACCAUUUGAAUGGCAAUGCCCAUCAGCUUUGUGCGGGGGGGCGGUCCUCAAAAAUAUUGGGGGGGGGGCUGAAGGGACCUUGGCCCUUAGGAGUUGGCUCCUAUGAGGCCAAGCAUGGUGGCCACUUUGUGACAGAUCUGGGGUGCCAUGAAAGGUAGCAAAUUGUUACUUUGUUAGCAUUACCCAGUGCUAUUUUUUUCUAGAAAAAAGAGGUGCCUGAACUCACCAUGAGCACCUCCCUUGUUAUCUUAGAAUGGCAAUGGUGCCCACCUGAGAGGUGCCGGAACUGAGUUCUGGAGAGUUCCUGCCCCGCAGAGCUACAAUUGACAAUUUUCUGGGAAGAGAGAGAUUGAUUGCUAACCCUCUCUGGGCACUGUAGCUCUGGGACAGGGGCUGGGAUGGGGUCUCCUAACAACUCUCAGCUACUGUUAUAGACCUCAGAUCCCAGGUUUCUUAGAAGGGAGCCAGCACUGCUGAAGUGGUGUAGUUAUGCUUUAAAGGCAUGCUGUGAAUCUGGCCAUAGCUGAACCAGGGUACUCACUACACUGAUACCAAGGGGAAGGCGCUGGCCGCUCCAUCUCAGAGCACCAAAUGUCUUGGGCUGGCUUUGCUUGAAGAUAGCCUCACUUUCCUCAGCUUUAGCAACUUAUCUACAAUAAACGGGGACUAUAACUGACUUUUGCAGGGUUUCGGCAAGGACUUCGGUUGUCCCUAGUCCUUGUUUUCUAAGAUCAGUCCCUGAACAAUCACAAUUCUCUCCUCCCCCCUCUUCCGCCCCUUGCCUUUGAGGAAAACUUCAUUUAGUUUUGUAUUUUCAAGGCUGUUCCACAUUCUCUAACUAGCCUUUCUCAACCUUUGGGUCCCCAGAUGUUGUUGAACUACAACUCCCAUCACCCCUAGCUAGCAAGGCCAGAGCUCAGGGAUGAUGGGAGUUGUAGUCCAACAACAUCUGGGGACCCACAGGUUGAGAACCGCUGCAAGCAGUGGUGCAGGAAGGUCCUUUCAGACUGUGGACUUAAUGGCCCCUCUCUUUAGAUGGAAAUGGAUAUUUAGGAACAUAGGGAGCUGCCUUACAUGGAGUCAGACCAUUGGGUCCAUCUAUCUCAGUAUUGUGCACAUUGACCAGCAGUGGCUUUCCAGGGAUUCAGAUAAGGGUCUCUCCCAGCCCUGGCAACAAGAGGGGGAGAAAGAUCAAAGGGAUAGGAGAGCUCCAGUGCUCAUAAUCAACUGUUGAUCCAGCUCAGCUCUUCAGUUUCUUAGCUUUGACAAAUCAGGGUCCUAAGAAAUUGAAUAGAGGGACGCGGGUGGCGCUGUGGAUUAAACCACAGAGCCUAGAACUUGCUGAUCAGAAGGUCGGCGGUUCGAAUCCCCGUGACGGGGUGAGCUCCCGUUGCUCGGUCCCUGCUUCUACCAACCUAGCAGUUCAAAAACACGUCAAAGUGCAAGUAGAUUAAUAGGUACCACUCCAGCAGGAAGGUAAACAUCGUUUCCGUGCGCUGCUCUAGUUCACCAGAAGCGGCUUAGUCAUGCUGGCCACAUGACUCGGAAGCUGUACGCCAGCUCCCUCGGCCAAUAAAGCGAGAUGAGCUCCACAACCCCAGAGUCGGUCACAACUGGACCUAAUGGUCAGGGGCCCCUUUACCCUUACCUUUAAGAAAUUGAAUGCUUUUGCAGCUCCCGGUGAAAGAAAUUUCACUGAAACGCACCGAGUUGAAUAAACAGUUGAUUAUCAGAAACAUUAUUUAUCUUGGCUGCUUUUGGCUUCUCUCUCUCAGCCCUACCUGGAGACGCUAGGAUUGAAUCUGAGACGUUCUGCCUGCAAAGCGGAUGUUCUCCCACUGACCCACCACAAAGAGAGAAGGGUGUUUAUGAAACCUGAUUCUAAACCAGGGUUUCCCAAACUUGGGUCUCCAGCUAUUUUCGGACUACAAAUCCCAUCAUCCCUGACCACUGGUCUUGCCAGCUAGGAUGAUGGGAGGUGUAGUCCAAAAAAACCAGCUGGAGGCCCAAGUUUGGGAAACCCUGGUCUAAACUUUCCUAACUGCGCCACUGUGCUGAGGGAGGGUGGGGAGAACAAGGAGGGAACCAGAGUUGAAAAUGUGCCAAGUCUGGCUUUUCCCCAACCUGUGAAGUUUGGAAAGAUUUCCCCCCUUCAGUAACAGAUGAGCUAAAACAAAUCCCCUCCUUCUUUCUCUUCACAGACAGAUGUUGAGAAAGACCUCACGAGCUUGGAUACGUACAAGACAGAGCCCAGGGCGAAUACCGUUCAGGUGAGACCUAUAUCCCAGUGGUGCUUGUACUACCCAGUGUGAAGGCAAGGGGGCAGCAUGGUGCAAGGAGAAAUAGAUGUCUCUCUCAGCACCACACUAAGAUCCUUUGGCAUGCCAGGCUAUAUUCCUGAAUCUUGCUUUAGAGUAAUGCAGCCUCGAAGGAGAAUGCAAUUCUGGCUUCUCCUGCCCUUCCUUUUGUCCCCACUCCCCACUUAAAUCCCUUAAAAACAAAACAAAAAAACAAAAUGCCCAUUCAGAAGAGAGGUUCUCUGUACAGGCUCAGAAGCAUUCAGCUUGAGAUACCUAGAUUUAGUAAAAUAAAAUAAAAUAAAUUGUGGCAGCCCUACCUAAUGACAGCCGAUUAGGACCCUGAGAAGUCUAAUUUGUCCUGGAAUAUAGAAAGCUCUCUUCUACUAGAUCAGAUCUGCCUGGCACACCAGGGUGUCAGGAUGAUCAUUUUCUCGUGAUCUUUUUUAACAAAAGAUGCCCGUGGUUUGAAUCAGGGAUCUUCUGAGCUAUGGCUCUUCUCUCAGGGCUUGUCCAUACUUCCUCAAUCCCACACCUAGAAAGCCUAUCAGGUUUUGUUUCCCCCUCUGCUUUCCCUUUCCUGAGAGAAAACAGUAGCAACUCUUAAUUCCACUUGUUUCAAUUACACUAUUGGUAUUACUGAUUUAUUUUUAUUUAUUUAUGCUCCCGUGCUUUAUAUUAUCUGUUGUUUCGUAUCCGAGCCUAGUUGUAAACCCCCUUUUAACUUCAUUUGGGAAAAAGGAGUAUACAAUCUGUACCUCUUUCCUUAAUAAACAAAACCAGGCCAAGCCCGGCUCGCAAACUUUGGCCCAAAAAAUGCCCAUAGACCCUUUUCUGAGGUAAACAUGAGUGACUAUUAAUUUCGUUCAUUUUAAAUUCCACUAGUGAAUAGACCAUACCCUCUGACCUUUCUUCAAUGGAAACAGAGAUGUCCCAUUCCAUAAUGAUCAUUUUACUAUUUAUAACCCCACACAUCUGACUGGGUUGCCCCCAGCCACUCUGGGCAGCUUCCAACAUAUACAAAAACAUAACAAAACAUUUUUUAAAAGGAUUGCCUUCAGACAGCUCCGGAGUCAAAUAACACCAUACCCUCUGAUAUUUCCCCAAUGAAAAUAGGAGAAGGAAAAGCGGGACAUCCUGGGAUCAAAUCAGAAACCGGGACGGCUUCUCUAAAUCAGGGAUGUCCCUGGAAAAUAGGGACAUUUGGAGGGGCUGCUAUAGGUCUUACUGGUUUAUUUAUUUAUUAUUGUUUUACUUUAUUUGCGCUUUGUAUUCAAUCCUCAUUGUGAGCCUCAUUUUAAGCAUAUAUGGGGAGGGCAGACUGCAAAACGAAUAAAUGAAUCCGUUAAUAACGGGCUCUUUCUUCUCGCCACCACAGGCAUUGCUACGGAGAACCAAGCGCUUCAACAGCCACUUCCCCACCUGCCGCUACUGCUGCAACUGCUGCAGAAACAAAGGAUGUGGCAUGUGCUGUUGGGCCUGA